GAUCAGGUGCGGUCAUCUCGAGACUGCGGCGGAGCUGCGGCUUCCUCAGCAUCAGCAUCUCCAUCAACUCGCAUCCCGCGGAGACUAUAGUUACCUGACUUGCAGACUAAAGAGGAUAUUUAAUUUGUAUCCUGCUGGGAGGAAGCAAUGACGUCUCAUCCAUCAAUUUCUAUUUGUAUCCUGUUUUUGUGUCUGUCAUCUAUGGUGGGUGUGGUCAGUGCCACAGACCCAUACCAGAAACCCGGCUUCUUGGACUUUGACUCAUGGUUCUGGCACACUCCUCGAGGGCCACAAAUGUUUUCUUGCAUUACUUACAUAGAGAGAAAUCUUCGGGUUGACUGUAUAUUCCCAGAGACUUACAAGAUCCCCGGACCAUUUUGUGAGUUCAAACAGGAUGGGAGACUUAUGGGAUCCACCUACCCAAACACUCCAGUUCAGCUGAUACCCCCUAUUGAGACCCGACGGCGAGUCAAUGUCUCCUUGGUGGCCUCUAACAUUUGUCGCCUCACCUGGAUGCCCUUGUCCGAUGACCGUGCAUACAUGUACACCUGCAGGGUUUACCAGGGCAGCACCUGGAAAGAGAACAGUAUGGCGUUCCACCAAAGAAAUCUACUGCUGUGUUCUGCCAUAAGCAUAUUGUUCCACACAGGACCAUGGUUGCUUGGAGUUGUCAUAUCACUUCCAGUGUCUCUUGGGUUCUUGUCAGGAUGACCAGUCGCACAUCUAGCAAGCUAAAACAUUUCAUCCUCUCAAAAUUGUGAACUUUCUUUUAGAUUUACUCUUUGUUUGUUUUGAAUUGAAUUUUUUGAAGCAAUGAAAACACUUUAUGUGCGAAAAACAAACCAAAAUAAUGACUUCGAUAUAUAAUCGAUAUAUUCUCCUCUGUCUUGUCUUUCUAUGGUGCGUUUUCACAAGAGUACUUCAACAGAUGCGCAUUCCGUGGAGGGAUACGGCGGCAUUCUGACUUACAACCGCAUUCUGACUGACAACGUGGAAGCGCAACUCUGUGUGUACAAACGCACGCUGUCAUAAACUGAUUUUCACAAAAUGUCUGAUGAUUUCGAUAUUGAGGAAGACUUGCAAUUUUUUGCCCGACCUAUUGCGCAUGCAUUAUGAAAUUAACUUUUUCUUUAAAGGACAAACAGCUAUUGUUGCAGGAACUAUCACAAAAGUAACCAUAUUUAUGUUCAUGAUAAAUUCCUUUCUAUGACAGGACAGGACAGGACAGUCUGAUAUGAUCAUAUAGUCAGAUUACUGUUGCUUGUCAGUUUGCAAUCAUACUGCCAUGUUAAUGCAUGGUGCAGAGCACCAAACAAUAAAUGCCUAAACUUGAAAUGAUCUUCUUCAUCCAAAAGAUACAUACUUUGUUAUCAGAUUGUUUGUUAUUGGUCUGAUAUAUGAUAGUCAUGUGUCAUGUGUCAUGUAUACAUACAAUAGUCAUCCGUUCCUUGACAACUCAUAUGCUUGGAUAUAGUUUUUCUAAUCUUUCUAGAAAUAACUGUCUGAUUCAUUAUAAUCUAGAAUCUGGUUGAUUGGUUGGCUGGUUUAUUGAUCCUUGUUAUUUGUACAGUUCAAAAUGCAUCAUAGUGAUGCUAAAACACUUUAUCAUGGCCAUGACAACUCUGUUUGUUUCCUGCACUGUUUAUGGACGGCCCUGAAGGACACACCCUUUGCUCACAUAUUGUAUUGCAGAACUUGCACAUGAUGCACAUGUCAGCACUUGUAUCCUGUUCACAAAAACAAUUCAAGGACCAUUCUUAAGGAAACAUUCCCAAACGCUAGUGAUAUUUAAUGACAUCAUGAAAGCAAUCUAAGUAAGCUUGACAUAAGUAGAUUUUUACUAGCACAUAUAUUUGUGUGUCUUCCAUUGUAAUCGCAUGUACCGUGGAGCUUCUUUAUGCACAAGCUUAAUUGCAUUGCAUUCCCCACAUGACCCCCACCCCAUCUCUAUGUGCCCUAGGUUUGAUUAAGGUAUAACCAAACUGUGCUGCAUAUAUUAGCCUUGAUUAAGUCUAUAAUGACUCACAGUAAUUGCAUUGCACUAUACUCAUGCACUGACAUGCAAAUUUCAUGCACUUAUAAUUUUGUGGGAAAAUUUGGAUUUAUUUUUUCACUGUGUUCUACUAUGUCAUUUUAUGAAUGAUCUACAGUAUGUCACAGAAUUCAAUAAAGGAACGCAGAGAGUAAAGCGUGUAUAUGUUA